AUGGCUGAGGAGGAAGUUCCUGUGACAACUGAGAAAGUUCUGAAGAUACAGAGGGUGUUCAUAAACCAACUGGACUCCUACAGCAGCGGAAAUAUAGGAAAGUUCCUAGCUAACUGUGUCGCUGGGGCUUCGCUGGAAGAGAUUGCAGAAGAGGAGGAAGAAGAAGAUGAGGCAAAGUCAGCAGCCCCAGAAGCUCCCACCAUGAAAGUGAAGGAAGGCACAUUCCAGAUCGUGGGCACCUUAACCAAGCCAGAGAGCACCAAGCCGGACUUCGCUGUGGAGACAUAUUCGGCACUCUCCAGAGAAGACCUCCUCACGUACCUGAUGGAGUGUGACGUUGUCAUCUAUAACAUCACGGAGAGUGUGCAGCAAGUAGAGGAAGCCAUCUGGGCAGUCUCUGCACUGAAUGAAGAAAUCAGCCAUUUUGAGAAGCGGAAGGUGUUCAUUUUGGUGUCAACAGUGAUGACGUGGGCGAGAUCCAAACCCCUGGACCCAGAGGACACGGAGGUUCCCUUUACAGAAGAGGAUUAUCGAAGAAGAAAGCCUCACCCCAACUUUCUGGAUCACAUCAAUGCUGAAAAAAUAGUUCUCAAGUUGGGAAAAAAUCCCAAAAAGUUUGCAACUUAUGUCAUCGCUUCUGGACUUCAGUAUGGAAUGGAAGGAGGCAUCUUGCACACCUUUUUUAAGAUGGCUUGGCUGGGCGAGAUUCCUGCAUUACCUGUUUUUGGGGAUGGAUCCAAUACCAUUCCGGCCAUUCACGUUUUUGAUCUAGCAGGCGUGAUCCAGAAUGUCAUAGACCACGUGCCCAAGCUUCACUACCUGGUGGCUGUGGACGAGUCUGUCCACACCCUGGAAGACUUGGUCAAGUGCAUCAGCAAAAGCACCGGCCCUGGAAAAAUCCAGAAAGUGCCCAAAGAAAACGCUUUCCUAUCAAAGGACUUGACACAAGAUUAUCUCGACCACUUGCUAACGAACCUAAGGAUAGAGGCCCUGUUUGUGAAGGAGAAUUUUAACAUUCGCUGGGUUGCCCAAGCUGGAUUUGUGGAGAACAUCAACAGCAUCCUCAAAGAGUACAAGCAAAGCCGAGGAUUAUUGCCCAUCAAGAUCUGCAUUCUCGGUCCCCCUGCAGUGGGAAAGUCAAGCAUCGCUGAAGAGCUGGCCAAGCACUACAAACUGCAUCACAUUAAAAUGAAGAGUUUGAUUGCUGAAGCCAUAGCCAAGCUGGAGGCGAUCGUUGCACCCAAGGAGACAGGGGAAUUAGAAGAGGAAGUUGAAGAAGAGGAAGAGGAGGAGAAUGUGGAGGAUGCCCAGGAGCUCCUGGACGGCAUCAAGGAAAGCAUGGAGCAGAAUGCAGGUCGCCUAGAAGACCAAUACAUAAUCCGGUUUGUGAAAGAAAAGCUCAAAUCCAUGCCUUGUAAGAACCAAGGCUACAUUUUGGAUGGAUUCCCAAAGACCUAUGAUCAAGCGAAAGACCUAUUCAACCAGGAAGAUGAAGAGGAAGAAGAAGAAAUGAGAGGCAAAAUGUUUCCCUUUGAUAAAUUAAUUAUACCUGAAUUCGUGUGUGGUCUGGACGCGUCUGACGAUUUCCUGAAGGAGCGGGUGAUGAACCUCCCUGAAAGUGUUGUGGCGGGAACUCACUACAGCCAGGACCGAUUCCUCCGGGCUCUCAGCAACUACCGGGACGUCAAUACAGAAGAUGAAACCGUCUUUAACUACUUUGACGAGAUUGAAAUUCACCCAAUACACAUCGAUGUAGGAAAACUUGAAGAUGCUCAUAACAGACUUGCCAUCAAACAACUCAUCAAAGAGAUUGGGGAGCCUCGGAAUUAUGGCUUAACAGAUGAAGAAAAGGCAGAAUUGGAGAAGAGAGCUGCAGAGGAACUCCUGGCCAAGGAGGCCGCUGAGAGAGCAGAACUGGAACACAAGGAGGCUGUGGAGAUGGCAGAGAGGAUAGCCCGCUGGGAGGAGUGGAAUAAACGGCUAGAGGAAGUGAAGAGAGAGGAGAGGGAGCUGCUGGAGGCUCAGUCCAUCCCCUUAAGGAACUAUCUGAUGACCUACGUGAUGCCCACGCUGAUGCGGGGCCUCAACGAGUGCUGCAAGGUGAGACCCGAAGACCCCGUGGACUUUCUGGCGGAGUAUCUUUUCAAGAACAAUCCUGAUAUGAAGUAAAAAAUCAUCAAUGUUGGGUCACAGAACUUCAGAGGAAGGGCUCAAGUUAAAUUAGUAAUUUGAAAAAUUGCCUUUAAAAAUGCCUUUUUAGGUUUCCUUUGGGUCAGAAUGAGUGAGGGGGGAAUCUUAAUAAAGUAGAAUCAUUAAAAAACUACAUUGUGGGUUAGAGAGAUGGCUCAGCAGUUAAGAGCAGUAGCUUCUCUUCCAGAGGCCUUGGGUUCAAUUCCUAGCACCCACAUGGCAGCUCACAAUUGCCUGUAACUCCUGUUCCAGAGGAUCUGACACCCUCACACAGACAUUCAUGUAGGCAAAACAUCAAUGCAAAUAAAGAUUUUAAAAAAUCUUUAGAAAAGUGGCAAUGAGUGACCACUACUUAAUUGAGACAAUAUUUGAAAAGAUAAGGCAUACUCGCACAGCGCAGGAAUUAGCGGUUUAAUGUUAUUCUUAUGUCAAUUAUAACUCUGCAAUAGCACAUUUGUAGUAAUUUAAAUUACAACAUGAAGUUGUGUACGUGUAAUUGUAACGUGUUGGUUAGUGAUUUGACAUAAUUUGUUAUGGCUCCAGCAGUGUCAGAAAUGAAAUAAAUUAGAAUGGCUACUGUUUAUUG